AUGACUAAUAAUUCGAACAUUGUAACAAGUUUUUUUGAUAUUGUUGAAGCAGAAGGAGGUAAAGCCGAUGAAUUAUUUGAUGCAUUAAAAAAAGCUUUGGUGGAUAAAAAUAUUCCUAUUUCUAACUUAGUAGCAUUUUACUCCGAUAUUACUAAUGUAAUGGCUGUUAGUAAUAUAAAAACUAAAUUUGUGUUUGAUGAUCCAAUCUACGAAUUAUUAUCCGUUAUCGAACUAAGACAGGCCGUUGUAAAUAAAUCUCUUAAUCCUAUAGGUGACCGUUUUCCAGUACUAACUGGGCAUAUUAAAUUGCAAGAAUUGGAUAAUGAAUUACAGCAACAUGCCCUUUUAGACUACAAUAUCCAUAAAAUGGAAAGUUUACCGUCAACUAGUAAAGAAAAGAGAUGGUCACGACCCUUGACUGAGGAUGAACUUCUGGAUUUACUCAUGAAAGACGAUGACUCACAAAUAUUACGUUUGUCAGAUGCUGAUGACGCCAACAGUAUUGCGGAUCUAAAUGACGUUUCCUCAGAAUUUGGCGAUGAUAUCCAAGAUAUUGAGGAAACUAUUUUUGACGGAUUGAUCCAAGAACAGAAGUCAACAGAAAGAGAAUUAACAGAAGGAGAAGAUUAUCAAGUUGUGUUUUACCCAACUCACAUUGGACAUUCACGCAACAUUGGGCGAGUUCCUCUUCCAGAUCGUAACAGGACAGAACUGGCUGGUAGACUGACGGAAGGUGUGCCUAUUCAAAGAAUAUUGGAAGAUAUUAGAAAUUCUGCAGAUACCUCUAGUAUUGAAAGGUUGCAUUUAACAGAGAAAAAGGAUCUGCAUAAUAUUAAAAGAGAUUUUCGAAUAAGUUAUAGCACAAAACUGCAUGAAAACGAUGCAAUCAGUGUGAGGUUAUGGGUUGAUAGCAUGAAAGGUACUCCAUACAACCCUGUAUUACAUUUCAAGGAGGAAGGCCAACAAGGUUCUUUAAAUGAUAAAGACUUUAUUUUAAUUAUAAUGAAUGCAUUUCAACAAGAGCAAUUGAUACAGUAUGGGUCUGAUAAGAUUUGUAUUAAUGGAACACAUGGCCUCAAUAAUUACGACUUUCAAUUGUACACUAUAGUUGUUGUUGAUAGAUAUGGUUCAGGUAUUCCAGUUGCAUUUUGCUUUUCGAAUAGGUCAGAUUCAGCACUUUUUGAAUUUUUUUUCAAUAAAAUAAAAGAUAAAGUUGGCAAUAUACAAACUCAAACAUUUAUGUCUGACGAUGCACCAGCAUUUUAUAAUGCUUGGCGGCACAUAAUGGGUCCAGCUGAACAUCAGUUGUUAUGUUCCUGGCAUGUUCAAAGGAAUUUCUUCCAGAAUUUGAACAAGAUUACUGGAGAUAAUUCAAAAGAAAAAAGGUCCCUGGUAUUUAAAACAUUAAAGGUGUUACAAAGUGAGACUAAUGAGCAAAAAUUUAGUGUAGGCUUAAAAAAAUUUGUAGAUGAUCUGAAUAGUGAUCCUGAUACAAGUUCAUUUGGUAAUUAUUUUUCAAAAUAUUAUGUAGGAAGGACACAAACAUGGGCUUAUUGUUACAGAAAAUCUUUAGGGAUAAACACUAAUAUGUAUCUGGAGGCACUCCAUAAAAAAAUUAAAUAUACUUAUUUAGAGGGAAAACAGUGCAGGAGGUUGUAUUUCGUUGUGGCAUUUUUAUAA